GGUAGUUUUCGAGGUGUAUACAUGCGCGGGUAAUUUGUGCAAUUACUCGAAAAAUUGCCAAUAUUUUCACAUUCGAAAAUGCAACGUUCCGUUCAACAAGCAAAUGGGGACAGCGUUCUCGCAUCACCAAGGAAGAAACAACGUGUGUCAAACGCUACAACCAAAGUUACUGUUGUUCUUGGAGCGCAAUGGGGCGAUGAGGGUAAAGGCAAGGUCGUCGAUAUGCUUGCUAUGGAUGCUGACGUCGUCUGCAGGUGUCAGGGAGGAAGCAAUGCCGGGCAUACUGUAGUAGUAGAUGGUGCGGAGUUCCAUUUUCAUCUUCUGCCCAGUGGAAUAAUCAAUCCUAGAUGUACAUCGGUUAUAGGAAAUGGAGUAGUAAUACAUUUACCAGGUCUUUUUGAAGAACUAGAAAGCAAUGAAGCGAAAGGUUUGAAAAAUUGGCGGGAACGAUUAAUAAUCUCCGAUCGUGCACAUAUAGUAUUUGAUUUUCAUCAACAAGUCGAUGGCCUCCAGGAAUUGGAAAAAGGUACACAAUCGCUUGGUACAACCAAGAAAGGAAUUGGCCCAACGUAUUCGAGUAAAGCUGCUAGAAAUGGACUUAGAAUCGGUGAUCUUCUCGGAGAUUUCGACAAAUUUUCGCAAAAAUUUGAUGCACUGGUAACUUCGUAUCAAAAAAUGUUUCCAGCACUUCAAGUUGAUGUAAAAGCAGAGCUUCAACGAUAUAAAGAAUAUGCAGAAAGAAUAAGACCAUUAGUAAAAGAAACCGUUCAGUAUUUGCAUCAAGCAUUACGCGAAGGAAAAAAAGUAUUAAUAGAAGGUGCAAAUGCUGCGAUGUUAGAUAUAGAUUUUGGAACAUAUCCUUAUGUUACGAGUUCUAACUGCAGUAUAGGUGGUGUUUGUACCGGUCUUGGACUACCACCGUCUUAUAUCGGAGAAGUUGUUGGUGUCGUUAAAGCGUACACUACAAGAGUUGGUGAUGGUCCAUUCCCUACAGAACUUUUGAAUGCUACAGGCGAUCUUUUACAAAGGAGAGGACAUGAAAUUGGUGUUACAACAAAUAGAAAAAGACGUUGCGGUUGGCUAGAUUUAACUCUUCUUAAAUUCACUGCAAUGGUUAAUGGAUAUACGUCAAUAUGUCUAACAAAAUUAGACAUUUUAGAUACGCUUCCAAAAAUUCAAAUUGGUGUAGGUUACCGAUUAAAUGGAAAGGAAAUUGAUUAUUUUCCAAGUACUACUUCUGACUUGGUGAAAGUAGAAGUAAUUUAUGAAACUCUCGAUGGUUGGCAAUCGACAACAGAGGGUGUACGUUCUUUAGAAAAAUUACCUCCUAAUGCAAAAAAAUAUAUACAACUAAUAGAAGAACAUCUUGGUGUACCAGUUAAGUGGAUUGGAGUUGGAGCAGGUCGGGAAAGUGUAAUUACGCUUUGACAUUGUUAUGUAGUAGGACGUUCAUCAUGAGAGAAUGUACUAUUAAAAGAAUCGGAAUAAAAUGAUGAUACCGA